CAUCUUCCUCAGAUGACGUCUACCAUUUGACAACUGACAUGCUUUCGUUGACAUUUUCGCAUAGGUUAUGUUCCGCUGAUACUCUUCAAGAUCCAAGUCCACGAUGAGUUAUAAAGCGCGCGGAGUACUUUAAUCUUGAUUAAAUAGGAACGAAAAUCCAAAAUUGGGGUAAAAAGAAGAGUACGCGAUGAGCGAGAAAAACAUUAAUUCCGCUCUAGUGCGGAGAGUCAAUAAACUGUUGGAGUCCAGGGUGGAGCACGAUAAGGAUACGCUGGAGGCUUUGAAAGAGUUGUCAACGUUCUUCACUGAGAAUACUUUAAAUUCUCGUCGAAAUCUCCGCAGCAAAAUAGAGAGGAGAAGUUUGGCAAUAAACGAAGAAUUCUUGGCCACCUUCAAGGAAGUAAAAGACUCCUUGGACAAUGUUUAUCAAAAUGUUCUAGCAAUGAACACAGCUGUACAGUCUAUGACUAAUCGCUUGCAAGUUACGAAGGCUCAAACAUCACAACUAAUUGAGCAGACCACUAAACUUCAGAGUGAAAGUCAAGUAUUGUCCAUACAACAAGAAGUUGCAAGUGCAUUUAUCAGAAAUUUCCAACUGACACCAUCCGAACUGACCAUUUUGCAUGGAUCAACCAGGGAGUCACCUAUAACAGAGGAAUUUUUUUCUGUAAUUAACAAAGUACAGGAUAUUCAUGGUAAAUGCAGAGUGUUAAUGCAAUCUGGUUAUCAAACAUUGGCUUUGGAUAUCAUGCAAAGAAUGACGUUGUUGCAAGAAUCCGCGCUUGAACGGUUAUAUCGAUGGACGCAAACUCAGUGUAAGAAUAUUGAAAAUGAACGUCUGGCGCCAUUACUCAUUAAGGCCAUGAGUAAGCUACAAGAUAGGCCAGUAUUAUUCAAGUACAUUUUGGAUGAAUAUUGUGCAGUUAGAAGAACUGCCUUGGUGGGAUCCUUCAUAGAUGCACUAACAUUAGGAGAAAAUUUGGGUGGAACACCUAAUCCUAUAGAAAUGCACGCCAAUGAUCCUAAGCGAUAUGUCGGUGAUAUGCUUGCAUGGUUACAUCAAGUAAUUCCUGUAGAAAAAGAAAAUAUUCUUAUUUUAGUGAAAGGCUGUGAUAAGAUGGAUGUGUCGGAUCAAGUGAAACAAGCGUUAAGUAAUAUCACGGAAGGAUUAUGUCAUCCUUUAAAAUCAAGAAUAGAGCAUGUUAUAUCUACAGAGGCUCCAGCGACAAUAUUAUACUCAGUUACAACAUUAAUCAGAUUUUAUCGCGCUAUUACUGAGCAAGUUAUACCUGACAGUGUCCUGGAUCAGACAUUGUCAGAUUUAUUAGCUUUGAGUGAAAAGAGUUUUCUAAGCAGGUUGCAGAGAGAAACGAGGAUUGCUCUCGGAGAGCGCGCGGAGCCUCCCGGAAGUGAUCUGGUUCCUGCUCCAUCAGUCUCUAGGCUAUUGUCACUUCUAAAUGAAAUAUUGUCCGUCGCCAGUAUAGCUGAAGACAGGGAAAAAGAUAUGUUACAGAUUGUGUCAUGUAUCAUUGAUCCGUUACUUCAAGAAGUUAAUGAAACAGCGUCUAGAUUGCCAACCGUGGAUAUGGCUGUUUAUCUUCUCAAUUGUAUGCAUCAGAUACAAUCGACGCUAGCAUUAUACGAGUAUAUGGACCAGAGAUUAGAAAGGCUACAGGCACAAUCGGACGCGCAAAUCGAUACGCUUACAUCGGAGCAGGCUAGUUCUUUAGUAGCACAUUUAAAUCUUGGUUCAAUUUACACCAUUCUGCAAGGACGCGAUCAGGGACCACUUUCGUCUAUACCUGGCAUGGAUGCCCUCAGUGUGAAAGAAUUCACUAAUAAAUUGGAGGCAUUUCUCAUGAUGCCGGAUGUCCUGCUGCUACCACAAAUAAGUUUAUUACAGAGUAAUAAUCAUCGCAUGAUUACUCAAAAACGAUCGUUCGAAGUAAUCGGAGCUAUAUAUAGGCAGUUGUACGACGCCUGCCAUGAUCCAAAAAAUUUAUAUCAAAAUGCUAGCGGUCUCUUUUCUAGAACACCCGAGAAUCUUCUUCAGACAUUAAUUUCUUAAUAAUUGUAUCUAUACUUUUUAAGGUCUCGUAUAUUAUCUAUUAUAUAUAUGUACAUAUUUAAGUGAUAAUGAAGAAGUGCAAAAUUGAAUAUGCUUGAUUCUUUAUAAACAUGAAGUAUGUUAAACU